AUGACAGCGUUGCUGCCCAGCCUGGCGCUGGCCCUGCUCUGCCUGCUGUGGGCAGGGGCUGAGAUCCCUGCACAGUCGGGCUUCAAGGCCAAGAAGUUUGCAGGGACAUGGCAUGUUGCAGCCACUGUUUCCAACUGCUCCGUGUUCCUGAAGAUAAAAGACAGGAUGAAGUCGUCCAUCACCACAAUCAGCUUCACACCGGAGGGGGACCUGGCUAUGAAGCUUUUCUGGUCCCUGCUGGACAGAUGCCAAAAGUUUGAGCUGCUCUUCCAGCAAAGUGGGCAGGCAGGGCACUACAUAGGUACGUGACGAAAGAGGGACCUGUGUGUGAUGGAGACAGACUAUAGCCACUAUGCCAUCAUGCACGAGCUCCAGCAGAGUGGACGGGACCCCAGCACCGCUCUGCAGCUCCUCACGAGGGAGCAGGACGUGAGCCCCCAGCUUCUGCAGAAGUUCAGAGAGCUCAUCCCCACCAUGGGCCUGACCAAGGACAUGAUGGCUGUCCUGCCCAAGUCGGGUGAGUGCCAGGAAGGCACGGGGUGGCAUGCACAGCCCCUCUGCAUGGAUCAGUGCACCAAGGCCAUUGGGUGA